UUGUCUGCGAGCGCAAAUGUGAAAGGGAAAGCCGGGGCGCACCCGCGGGAGGAGCAGCGGCAGCGCCGAGCGCCGCCGGGGAGCAGCGGGAGCACCGCCGCCGGGAGCCGGGGGAUCGCCGCCGCUGGGAGCCGAGGGAGCACCGCCGCCGCAGCGCGGAGCAGCGGGAAGAGCCCCCGUGGCAGCGGCGGCGGCCGAGAGGAGCCGCUGAGGCGGAGCCCGGCGAGCGCUCCCGCCGGAGGGAGCCGCCGGCGCUCUCCCCCCGGGAGGCUGCGCUCGCCCCCGGCCUUGCGGGGGAGCCGCCGCCCCGGCCUCGUUGGGGGGACCGCGGGGGAGCCGCCGGCAGGGCCGCGGCGAUGAUGUCGGGGCAGUCGAUCACCGACCGCAUCACGGCGGCGCAGCACAGCGUGACCGGCUCGGCCGUGGCCAAGGCUGUGUGCAAGGCGACGACCCACGAGGUGAUGGGCCCCAAGAAGAAGCACCUGGACUAUCUAAUACAGUGCACAAAUGAAAUGAAUGUGAAUAUUCCACAGUUGGCAGACACACUCUUUGAGAGAACUGCAAACAGUAGCUGGGUUGUAGUGUUCAAAGCUCUAAUUACAACACACCACCUCAUGAUGUAUGGAAACGAGCGCUUUAUCCAGUAUCUUGCAUCCCGAAAUACUUUGUUCAACUUAAAUAACUACCUGGACAAAAGUGCCAUGCAGGGCUAUGACAUGUCUACCUUCAUUAGGCGAUACAGCAGAUACUUGAAUGAAAAAGCACUUUCAUAUAGACUUGUAGCAGUUGACUUCACCAAAAUGAAAAGAGGGAUAGAUGGAGUGAUGAGAACCAUGAAUCCUGAAAAGCUUCUGAAAACCCUUCCAAUCAUACAGAACCAGCUCGAUGCACUCCUUGAUUUUGAUGCAAAUCCAAAUGAACUAACAAAUGGUGUUAUAAAUGCUGCCUUUAUGCUCCUCUUUAAAGAUUCCAUUAGACUUUUUGCAGCAUACAAUGAAGGGAUUAUUAAUCUUUUAGAAAGAUAUUUUGAUAUGAAGAAGAACCAGUGCAAAGAAGGCUUGGAUAUUUACAAAAAAUUUCUAGCCAGAAUGACCAAAUUGUCAGAAUUCCUCAAAGUAGCAGAGCAAGUUGGAAUUGAUCAGGGUGACAUUCCAGAUCUUACUCAGAGGAUCCCUGGCAAGGCACCCAGUAGCUUGCUUGAGGCACUGGAACAGCAUUUGGCUUCUGUGGAGGGAAAGAAAACAAAAGAAGUCUCUGCUGCCAGCAGAGCUAGUGCCCUAUCCAGUGCUGUUUCCUCACUUGCCAAUACAGGAAUGUCAUUCAGCAGGAUGGAUGAGAAAGAAAAGCAGCAGGCAUUGGAGGAGGAGCAAGUUAGACUGCAGGCACUGAAGGAGCAGCGAUUAAGAGAGAUUUCUGUAGUGUCAAAUUCCACUUCCACAUCAGCAUCCCCAAGCACUUUAUCAGGAAAAAGUGUGAAUACCACUGUAGCUGUUGACCUCUUUGCUGCACCAGCACCCACAACAAAUAGCAUGCCCAACCUUUCUAGUGAUCUUUUUGAUCUUCAGCCUGCAUUUGUUCCAACUGUGCAGAGUACUCCAGCUAUCUCAACAUCAGCAAGCAGUGCUUGGGGAGGUCCUUUCUCGUCUUCAAAUGGUUGUGUUGGUUCUCCACCUCAUCUGGACAUCUUUGACAUGAAGCCAGUUGAAGAAGCUGUAAAAUCUGCCACCCCUUUCAUCAAUUCUUCUUUUUCCUCCAAACAAACGGUGGAACUGUUUAGUGAUGACUUUAGUAGUCAUAAACCUACAUAUGCUUCUGUGUAUCAUCCUCUGACUGUUGAUGGUUUCCCUCUUCAUUCAGCUCCUCCAAGUACCACCUCUUCAUCAAUUAAUGUGGACUUUGAUGCUGUUUUUGGAGGAAAAUCUUCAGCACCAGAGUACAGGACUGCAAGUGAUGAUGUGUUGCAACCCACAGUACCACCACAAAGUCAAAGAGCCACUGGAGCCAGCCAGCAAAGUGGAAAAAUUUUGGCAAAUGACCUCGAUUCUUCACUUGCUAAUCUAGUAGGAAAUCUUGGCUUUGGAGGAACUCCAUCCAAAAAGUCAGACAUGCAGUGGUCCCAGCCCACAGAGAAAAAACUUACUGGUGGAACUAACUGGCAAGCAAAAACAAGCACAUCAACCACGUGGAACCCGACUCCCCUACCCACCAUUCCACACAUGAAUGGAGUACAUUAUCCUGGAUAUGUACCUGCUCCUAUCACAUACCCAUUGACCACACCUCAAGUGCCUGUAUAUGGAAUGGUACCUCCUCAGGUUGGAGCUGCUCCUUUGAUGGCACCCCAGUCAAUGAUGUAUACACAGCCUGGUCUGCGGCCAACAAAUCCUUUUGCACCUGUUUCUGAAACUCAGAUACAGUUUAUGUAGAGCCACCAAAGCAACAAGAUGUGAGAACAACCAAAUACUGGUAAAAAAAAUGAAAAGACUCAAUUGCAAUCUUUCCAUGAUAUAUUUCUGAACAGGGCAACUGUUUUUUUCCCCUGUAUAAUACAAUAUUAUUUUGAAUUGCAAUGCUUUAGAGAUUCUUGUUUAUAACAGUCACUGCAGCGUGAAGUCAUGUUUGUUCCCUGAAUUUUUUUUUUUUAACUGCUCAGCAGAAAACUGUAUUUUUGAGGUUGACUCAGAAGGUGCAAGCUGGAUUAUCAUCUUCAAAGCCGAAGAGAAGGUUACAUGAUUGCUCUACAACCUUAAUCAUCAGUGGAUGACCUUGGGAAUCAACUGAGGAUGUCAAAGCUAUUUAUUUUCUCCAUAAAUUCUGUGGCUGUUGUAACCAAGACACAACACAAAUCAAGUCGAGCAAUAAAAUUUUUAUGUGCUCUAAUAAAUACUCUGACAGAGCAAUGCUUGCAUUAUCAUAAGGCCAAUAUUCUGUGAAAUCAGACAGCUUUUUCACAUUAGAGUAGCUUAUAGUAAUUUGCAAACUUUAUAAUGUGAGUUUGAAAUGCUGUGAAUCAACAAGACACAUACUUAUUACAUAUAUAUAUAUAUAGUAAAAAUAAUAAAUUGCUCCCAUGGUAUAUCAGUGCUCCAGUGGGAGUUAAAAGAGCCGGGCUCUGAUAGGGGGUGCAAGUCUGUGGUGGAGGAGAUAAAACAAGUGUGUGACAGAACAGCACUUGCAGCCUGCAAGAGGUGACAGGAGCUGCACUUCCAUCAGGUACCUUCUCUGCAGGUGGCAUCUUUCAUCCUUCAAGGAAGAGUAGCUUUGGGAGCCAGUGGCUGUGGUGUCCCCAGCCUCAGCACAUGGGAGCAAUUUCUAAAUCCUGUUGCCAAGUGCAAUCGAGACAAGAGAUCCAGUUUUUCUUUUUAAAGUCCAUUAGGUCAAAAGACUCAAACCUUGCAGUCAUGCUGACUCUUGUGAACUGGCAACUAUAUGGAAAUUUUCCAACUGUAGAGAAUAGCUUGUGCUGCUUUUUUUGAAAUAAGAACCUAGUUGUAAACCAUAUAGAAGUAAUUAUUUUUAAAUGUGUAAAUAUGUGCAAACUUUUAGAUAAUCGUUUCUUUGAUGCUGCAGUAAUCUUUUUUCUUCUGUAGUAAUUUCAAGGUUCAAAUGCUAUGUUAAAUGCAGACUCUUUUUGAGAGGAAAAUCUUUUAAAUCAACUAAUUUAUGAGUUAUUGCUGUUCACAAUGGGUCAGAUGUGUACAGACUUCUGGUACAUCUUUUGUAUUAAAAAAAUCUUCCUCCAGAACUGAAAUUGGCUAUGAAAAUGCCUUAUCUUGUAUUUUUAACUGUCUGAUAAAAAGUGAUAGCAUUAAAAAACCCAAUAGUUGUAAUAAAUAGAUGGAACUGGGAACAACCUUUCCUCCAGAAGUUUCACGGCAGAACACAAUGAAAAGCUCUCCCAUAAAAAUUACUUCUCCUAAUGUUUAAUAUUAAAGCUGAGUUUUCCAAAAAGGAAUAGUUUUCUAUUGUUACAAUAAAUAGACCUCCAGAGUAGUAAGUGUUUUAUCUUUUGGGGAGUCUGUAAUUGCAGAAAUAUCUCUUGACUCUCACCAUAAAUGCAGGUAGGCCUGAAAAUCUUGUCAAACUCUCUGGUAGAGAACUUCUAAAUUACAGCACAUUCCUCUAGGUGGGGACAUGCCUUCUCUUUUUCCCAAUGCUUAAUUCUGUCCAAAGAGUGCAAAAGUAGUCUCUCUUAACCCUAUGGAAAUAUUUUUGCCAAAUGAAAUAACAUAAAAGAAGCAAAAUAAAACUCCACUCCCCAGCCCUUGGAAUCUGUAACUGCCGAUUUCCUGGGAAAUGUAACCUUGCAGAAAUUUAAAACUCAGAGUUCCUUGAUGUGUAUUGACUCUCAAAAGAAUUUGGACCAGUAUACAGCAAUUUAAUGUUCAAGUUUGAAUUACAAAGGGCUUCAAGCUUUAAACCACCUUUACUGGGUUGAACAAUUGUACAAUUUUAAGCCAAUGAGUUCUUCAGUGCCUAUAGUUGCCCUCCACAUGACAAGGGAAUAGAUGCCAUUUGGAAUAAGUCAUUGUGUUGAGGGGACUGUUUAUUUAAGAAGUAGUGAAUUCCAUUGAUUUAUUCAGCAAUGAAAAGUCUUGUGUUCAAAUCAAACCAGUACCUGUAGUUACAGAUGUCUGGGCAUUAGUGACAGAGGUGAGAGCACCACAAGCAGACAGUUCCAUGCACUGUAAGCUGUUAGGUCUCCUUCUCGUGCUGAGUUGUAUAAGUAAUAAUGCAUUAUUUUAAUAAAAUAUGCAAAUAAAUGCCUGGCAAGCAGUAUAUAUUUGUUAGAACUUUAUUGCAGAGCAUUCUGAAUAUCUGGAAUGUACUUGGCUCAGAAAUGGAUUUAGUACUAGGUCAUAGUCUGCACUACUUCUGAUUAGUUCUGGAUCUUUUUAAUGGUUCUUUGGUCUGCUUUCUUGUAGCAAAGCUGUCUGAUACCAAUUUAUUUAGUAUUAAAAAAGGAGAAACAGCCACAAAGUACAUUCUAAAAACUUUAUAACCCAGCUUCUUUUUAGUUUCCUUCACAGUGUUUGAUACUUUGAAACACAGCGUUUAGUUUGAUCCUUGUGAAGCAAAGGUUGCUUCUCUCUGCACACGAGUGCACAGGACUGGGUUUUGCCAACCUCUUCCUCGUGCAUGUAUUGGAAUGCAUAAAAUGGCAGAGUAUGUGUUUCAAUAACAUAAUUCAUACAUAAGAAGUGAAAACCAAGGACUUGGGAUGCUGUCAAGGCUUUUAUGGCUCAGAAAAAAAAAAAAAGACAACAACACUUUGAAGACCAAGGUUGUUCUUGAGGGGUGACUGUAACAGCCCAAGGAGCUGCAAAUAGAAGUUAUGAUGAGUAAAGCAAUGAAGAGAGAUGUGUAGAAAUGUGACUUUUCUUCCAGCUUGUUUGGUCAGGAUCAUGUUGUGAACACUUCAGAAAGCAGGUAACUGAGAUGUCUCUCCAUGUCUGCCUCUACAAGGAGGAAGACUCGAAGUACUCUGUGGGCUUUGCAUUAUUGUCCUGUCGUGGGUCAUUUGAGCCUCACUGGUGGGAGCUGGUGCUGCUACAGGCAGGCUGUCCCUCAUGGGAUACAACAUAGGAUAACUUCUGGGGGAAUGGGAAAGGUGGAUUGUGUGAGGCCUCUUGGACUUGAACGUGUAUCUCCUUUUCAAUAACUGGGGUUUUCUAAUGUUCUCUAGAUAUAGCUUGACUUUGCCUCCAAGAAGUUACUGAUUUUUUUUUUUUUAAAUAACAAUUUUGAACAUGUGUACUACAGAAAUCUCAGUUCUGUGCACAGUGGUGGAAUAUUUGUAGGUAAAAACAACAAAUGGACUUUUGGUUUAAAAAACCACCACCAACAACAAACCAACAGCAAAAACCACGCAUACAAAAGUAACAACAAUGAAACUUCUGACUGCAAGACUGAAUACAGGGUGUUAUCCCCAGCUGGGUUUUUUGAUGUGUGGCAGGGAGGGGGGGUUACAAUUAGAAUAGUGAUGCACUGUGGAUCGGUGCUUAAUUUGUACAUAAAAAGGAAAACUUUUUGUUUUGGGUAGUUUGUAUUGUAAGGACAGCAUCUAAAGGGCACUGUGUAUCAGUCAUCUAUUUCCAUUUAAAAGAUUAUAUUUUUGAGCAAUGGAAACUGUACAUGUUAUCAUUUAUACAUUACUGAUAGGUAGGAAUAGAGAACCUGUUGCUAUGACUCUGAAGAUGUAUCUGACUUGUCAUUGAUCUGUACAUCACUGCAUCACUACCUUAUGCAGAUCCUCAUGCUCGUUUAUUUACAGAGACUGUAGUGACUGGUCCAGUUACAACAGGAAUUGUAACGACAGAUCUUUCAGUAUAUCUCAAAUGUGUAUCCUUGUAGUUAAGUUUAAUCCUUUAUCAAAUCUUUGGCCGGAAUUUCAUCUUGGAGAAAUGACAAAAUAGGUGCUGGAACAGAUUUCCCUCACCCCAACCCACACUUUAUUUAUUUGAUAGGUCUUGUUUUGUAUGUUAUGUUUUCCCCUAUGACAGGUUUGUGCCUUUUAUUGGAUAUUUAUUUAAAAGGAGCUGCGAUAAUUUAGGUUGCUUUCUUUCAGAUGUAUUCUUGUACAGCUGUUCCUUUGUGUGAGUUCCUUCAUUUUAUAAGAAUACAGAAUGUGUGGAAUAUACUAGCCACAAACUGGAAAAAAAUUUUUGAGGGUUUAUGUUCUAUGAAUAAUUUUUUUAAAAAGAAGCCUAAGCACAAGACUGGCUGUGUUGAUAUUUUAAUUGUGGAACUUCACAAUUUGUUAAUACGCAAAUUGUUUGUUUUUUAAAAACUGCUCAUAUCCAAUUAUUUGAUGAAACAAGUUUUGGAAAAAAAUAAACUUUGGCACAUGCAA